GGCUGAGGGGUAAAAGUCAAGGACGCAUCGCCACCUGCUGGAAAUUGACCAAAGCUCUGUGCCGUUACUUAAUGUUUAAUGGACUAAACUGUUUAGUCGUUAAUUCAAGGCUUUCAGGUUUCUGAAUGUCUCUUCUACCAAUGAGCAUCUUGUGCCUAAAGGUGAGCGAGUAGAGCAACAACGACUUAAUCAUCCUCAUCAGGAAAACCAAAGAACAGCCACGAGCUCCUGUCGGAGACUGAGACGCAUCCGCACCAACAGGCGGCGGUAGACGGAGGUCUGACGGCGCUUUAACGGUAACGGACGUCGGUGAUGUGGAGCAGCAGCUUCUCUGCGUGUGAAUGAACGUGCUGGGCUGAACGGACGGCUCCUCCGCUCCCUGACAUCUGCAGAAAUGUUCACCAGGAUGUUAAAGCUGAGGCUUCUCAACUCCGUAGCGCCUGCCUACUUCUUCAUGGCCACCGCCGUCACCUUCGUCCUGCACUUCUGCUUCUUCCUCCCAACGCUGUUCCCGAGCCCCAGCGCGUCGCUGAGGGGGUCGACGACGCUUCACGCGCUCGUCUUCCUCUUCCUGAUGUUCAACGCGCUGGGGAACUACGCCAUGACCAUCAGAUACCCCGCCGAAAGCACCGGCGACACCGCGGUCCCCGUGUGCUCCCCGCACUGCUCCGACAAGGUGGACGCCCACUACCUGCUGAACGGCCGCCACUUCUGCAAACUGUGCAAGAAGGUGAUUCUGAAGAGGGACCACCACUGCUUCUUCACGGGGAACUGCAUUGGCAGCAAGAACAUGCGCUACUUCAUCAUGUUCUGCAUCUACACGUCAUGCACGUGUCUGUACUCUCUGGUGCUUGGCGUGGCCUUCCUCACGGUGGAGUACUCCCUCUCCUUCGAAAACCCGCUCACCUUCAUGACUCUCCUGCCGCUCUCCAUCGGCUACUUCUUCAUGGGGACCAUCUCCGGCCUGCAGCUGUUCGUGGUGCUGAUGCUGUACGUGUGGCUGGGCAUCGGCCUGGUCUCCGCCGGCUUCUGCUGCCAGCAGGUUCUGCUGGUGGCCCGGGGACAGACCUGGUGUCAGAUGCAAAGAGGUCAGCUGGUGGAGAACUGCAGCCCCUGGAAAAGCAACCUCGGGGACGUGUUCGGGACCCGCUGGCUCCUUGGCCUCAUCCUGCCCGUCCAGACGGUGGAGAUGUACUCUGGAGACUCCGAUGCAGCCAAACAAGACUGAGAGACCGCUCCAGUGUGUUAUAUGAAUAAGGCUCAGUGCUUUCCUACAAUCCAUUUGGUAGUAACACUAAACGGAUGCUUUAUGACCUCGUAAGUAGUUAGCAGUUAGCAUACAUUCCUUUAAGAAUAGGAGCCAUAUCAGUACAUAGUGUAAGUGCAUUGUAUAAGUACUUUUUAACUAUAGUAUAUUAAGACUAAUAGUUGGUCAUUUCCUGCUGCAUGCACAGGCACCACAUGUUUAUCUAACUAUAGACGUGGCUUUGCAGACUGCAGGCCCGCGCCUUCACAGCACUGCAAAGCUUUUAUUAUGCUACCGAUUUAAAUACUUGUGCCAUGUGGUGCUCUGGGAUGGUCCAAGUGUGUUGCUCUUCCACACUUCCUAGAUGCUACACGCUACGUUCAGGAAACUCGCCAUAUCUUGGUGACAAUAAUUCACCUUUACAUUAAGGGCUAGAACACAGGGGGAGCUGGUGUUUGUAGCAUCAGCUGUAACAUUUAUAUGUUGAGCCUGAUGAUUUGUACUAAAGAACAUGACUCAAGGCAGUGUAAUACAGGUACAAGAAUAUGCUCCCAAGUUGAUGAAGAUGAUGAUUAUUCUUAUUAUCCAGGGUAUUAUUCACAGUGUGCCAUAACAUCAUGAGAUACGCGCUUACAGAAAACCUCACAGAUGAGCUAGUCACUAUACUGUACUGCUAAUGUUAAGUCUGUGUAAUAAUAUUAAGGACUUCUCACUAUUAUGCUGUGGCUACUGACAUAGUCAGCAUCAUGUUAAAGAUGUUUGGAACUUCAAUAAGAUCAAUUUUUAGAGAAAUUUUGUCUAUUAUACCAAUAAAAUACUCCAUUCACAAGUA